AUGAAAGACUCGGAGAUCGUCGGAACCGCUUUGGCGGAGGUAUUGCCACAAACCGGGCGGUACUGGUUCCAAGAAUCCCAUCUGCUACGAUUGAAUCUUCUUCUCCUCAUACCUCUAUUGUCUUCCUCUGUUUCUGGAUACGAUGGAUCGCUCAUGAAUGGCCUACAGUCACUUGACCAAUGGAAAGAUUAUUUCGGCCAGCCUGCGGGCGUCUUGCUCGGUCUUGUGAACGCAGCUCAGUCCAUUGGUUCUGUCCUGGCUAUCCCUUUCGUCGGUGAUUUGUCAGAUAGAUUCGGACGAAAGCCCAUCCUGCUUACCGGAAUCCUCACGAUAAUCAUCGCGACUAUAAUCCAGGCAACAUCAAUCAAUUUACCAAUGUUUAUCGUGUCCCGACUUGUGGUCGGGUUUGGUGGCAUGUUUGUCACACAACCGAGUCCCAUGCUUAUUGCAGAGCUGGCAUAUCCCACACACCGAGGCAAAUACACAUGUGCAUUUUGGACUAUGUACUAUUUGGGCGCUAUUCUUGCCUCGUGGUCGACGUAUGGAACGCAAGUAUAUGAAGGUGAAUGGGCAUGGCGAAUUCCAUCCAUCAUUCAAGCCGCUCUACCACUUGUGCAAUUGUGCUUCAUUUGGUGGGUUCCUGAAUCACCCAGAUGGCUUGUUGCGCAAGGCCGCGCAGACGAGGCCGCAAAUCUAUUGUCACGUUAUCAUUCUGGCGAGAUACAUUCCGGCGAAGAACAGACACCUCUCGUCAUGAGAGAAAUAUCCGAGAUCGUUCAGACAAUAAACAUGGAAAAGGAGGCAGAGACAACAGGAUGGAGCGCUCUGGUUUCCACAUCCGGCAACGUAAAGAGGACUAUCAUUGUCAUAUGCGUUGGCACAUUUGCCCAGUGGAACGGCAUAGGCGUCGUGAGCUACUACUUGACAUUAGUCCUCAACACGGUCGGCAUUACCUCGACUUACGAUCAAACCUUGAUCAACGGACUUCUUCAAAUCUUCAACUUUGGCGCAGCACUGUCUGCAGCAUUUCUUGUCGAUCGUUUGGGCCGCCGCACUUUGUUUCUCUGGAGCAGCGUCGGCAUGUUGGUUUCGUACAUUGUGUGGACGGCGUGCUCUGCAGUAAAUGCUGAGACAGGAUCCAAGUCGGCCGGUAUAGUGGUGGUCGUUUGUCUGUUUGUCUACUACUUUCACUACGACAUUGCCUUCACCCCGCUGUUGUUUGGUUACACGACUGAGAUUCUCCCCUACUCGAUUCGAUCCAAGGGCAUUGCGGUCGAACUGUUCUCGAUUUACUCGUCCCUGGUCAUUGCGGCGUUCUGCAACCCGAUUGGCAUUGAAAACAUUGGCUGGAAGUAUUACAUUGUUUUCUGCUGUCUGCUCGCUGCAUUCCUGCCGGUGGUGUACUUCUUCUUCCCAGAGACUAAAGGCCGAUCUUUGGAGGAAAUUGCCGUCAUUUUUGAUGGCGAGCAAGCGUUGGACAUUGAGCAGGUCAAGGGUGUCGACACCAAAGGCACCGUGGCCCAAGUCGAGGUAGUAUAG